AAAUAACUUGUACAUGUCUUUCAAACUGAAAGAAUUACCAGCAAAACUCUGCCGUGACAUAGACAAUUUUCAAAACGUCGUAAAAUUACCUAUGAUCAAGCAUCAACGCAAUGCAUACUCACGAUUACUUCCGGGCACCGUAACUCACCACAUCACCUCAAACCACACCUAAACAAAGGGAUAAACAGCUACCUCGACCCUAACCAUAAGCAAAUUCCAGCACUCUCAGCAUGCUCCGCCCUACCAAACGCAAAACCCAAUCCUCAACCCUCCUCUCCACCUCCCCCUCCGAAUCCGACAAUCGUGAGCUCUCGGCAUUCGUAGACAGGGCUGCCGGUACAACAACAGCUCAUACUUCCAACACUCUCCGUGACGGAAGUGAAUCCACCACAACCGCUACAAUUAUGGCCGACAAAACUAUUGGUGGAGCGGAUGAUCCGCGUAAACCCCUCUUAGGUGCAACAGGAGCAGGGGUCAGACUUAAGCUUCCGGCUAAGAAUAGGAUUAUCAAUGAUGGAUCUUAUAGUAGUACUACGGUUUCGAAAUCGAUUGCUUCAUUAGAUUGUGAAGAGAGAGACGAAUUAGACUUGGAAGAAGAAGAAGAGGCACAGCAACAGGAGCAGCAACAUAUCAUGGAGAAUAUUAGCCGGAAAUCGCAAUGGAUUUUAUUGGCUGUGGCUAGUGGUGCUUGUGCGGCUUUCAAUGGGGUUUUUGCUAAAUUGUAGGUUGCGGUUUUACUCUUUUGUAAUAUUGUGUCACAUUUCUUGUACGGAUUUGGUGAUGCCGUGGAUGGACGGGAAUAGAAGAUUAGGGCUGUUGUUUAUCGAUUUCUGUGCGAGCAUUGGAGUACUUCCCGCAAAGCUAUACGGAACGAACGGCUAUGUUAUUGCUAGGAUUAUGCGCUGACACUACAUACAUAGAACAACGACACAAUUAACGACUUCUUUUGCAGAGCAUGUUGCAGGAUUCUUCGGCUUAGGCAAGGGUGAAAAGGUGGUUGAAUAUGGUGUGCGAGGAGUGAGUUUCCGGUUCUUACCAUUCAGUCAAUGUUUCUGAAGGUAGCUCUUCAUGUGGAAAUGGGACACCAGCAUAACUACAAGACAUCAUGAUAUAUUGACUUGCUAACCCAUAGCUCUAAUAGAUAUUUUUCCUCCUCAACCUCGUCUUCAAUGGUAUAAUGUGGACGCUCUUUACCAAAGCCCUCGCGCGGGGUACUUCGACCGUACAAGUGUCCAUCAUAAAUACAUCAUCCAAUUUCAUGAUAACCGCCGUUCUUGGCUUUAUGAUCUUCUCGGAAAGUUUACCGCCAUUAUGGUUUUUAGGUGCGGCAUUACUAGUUGCUGGAAAUGUGAUUAUCGGCAGAAGAGAAGAGGAAGAAGAAAGUAGUGGAAACGAUAUGGAGAAUGGAGAGGGCAGAAGAAGAAGCGGUAGCGAAGGAGAAGAAAGGGAAGGACUCUUAGGCGAAGAAUUAGAGCUGAAUGGAGGCAUUGUGGAAGAAGCGGAUGGAAAUAAUAAAAGUGAUGAUGAUGUUUUGGAUUUGGGAUUGGAUGAUGAGGGGAAGAGUGAUGAGGAAGAGGAUUUGUUAAUCCAUUGAUUGGACGUUCAUCACUUGGAUAGAUGUGUACAUUGAAUAUAUGGUAGGAUAUGGGUGGUAAGACUUAGAGUAUUGCUCGGCGUUGGAUUUGGAUGGCCAAUAUAGUAUGAGGGUAUGAUGGUUAGACCUACCUAGUAAGACUUACUUGCAACUUCUUCAUUUAUACCCCAGUUGUAUUUAUCGAAUUUUUCAUUAGAGAACUCUUUGGCCUCGGAAAUAGGAUACGUUGUACCGUUUAGUUUGGAUACUCUAUAUAUCAAAGAGUAUUAUCCGUCCGUAG